GACAUCUUCUCUCACCGCGAUUGUUUCGAUUGUCACGUACGAUACCGUUGAAGAUAUUUAUUUGUAGCAAUGGCUGUACCGGAUUAUAAACUUAGUGCAGUUUUAUAUGGCCAUUCCUUAGAUGUGCGAUGUGUGGCGAAGACCAAAGAAUCCUGUAUAUUGUCUGCCUCUCGCGACCGAACCGCUAAAUUAUGGCACCCUGAAGGGGUUAAAGAUUUCAUCAACGCAGUCACAUAUAAAGGGCACAAAAACUUCGUGUCAUGUAUUUGUUGGCUGCCGCCUUGCGAAGCUUUUCCGGACGGCAUCGUAGUGACCGGCAGCAACGACAAUACGAUUUUAGGCUAUAACUUGCAAGAUGGCAGCAUCGUGUUGACCCUGGAAGGUCAUGAAAACGCCGUGUGUAGUGUUACACCGGGUUCUGACUCAGGAAUUUUGUUAAGUUCAAGUUGGGACAGCACAGCUAAAGUAUGGAAUGUGAACAAUCCCCAUGCCACUCCCGUGACAUUGAAGGGGCACCAGGCCGCAGUGUGGGCAGUGGUGGAGCUGGGUAACGGGACAUAUGCCACAGCCUCGGCUGAUAAAACUAUUAAGCUGUGGAAAAAGGAUGGAUCUUUUAUAACCACACUGGCAGGUCACACUGACUGUGUGCGAGGGCUGGCCGUGGCUGGUCCGGACUCGUUCCUGAGCUGCUCCAAUGACGCCUCCAUCAGACUGUGGGCUAACAAAGGAGAGUGCCUUAACACUUAUUAUGGACAUUCUAAUUAUAUUUAUAGUAUAAGCAUUCACCCAGGCCUGAACGGCUGGGCGACGUGCGGCGAGGACGGCUCGGUGCGGCUCUGGUCUGCCGGAGACUUCGUGCGAGAGAUCCGCCUGCCGGUGCAUUCUGUCUGGAGCGUGGCUUGCAUGGACAAUGGAGACAUUGUUACUGGUUCCAGCGAUGGCUUAGUCCGGGUCUUCACCAAAGACCCAGCGCGCUACGCCGACGAGGCGACGCUCAAGCAGUUCGAAGAAGACGUCGAGAAGCUGGCAGCCGCCUCGCAGCAGGAGAUCGGAGGGUACAAGCUCUCUGAAUUGCCCGGCCCUGAAGUCCUACUGGAGCCUGGCAAAACGGACGGUCAGACCAGACUGGUCCGUCGCGGCACCAACGUGAAGUGCUACUCGUGGAACGCGGCCGCCGGCAGCUGGGACGAGGUCGGCGACGUCAUGGGCGCCAACCCGGCCACCGAGGGCAAGACCAUGUUCCAGGGGAAAGAGUAUGACUUCGUGUUCAGCGUGGACAUCAAGGACGGCGCCCCGCCGCUGAAGCUGCCGUUCAACAAGACCGAGGACCCCUGGGCCGCCGCACAAACCUUCAUACACAAACAUGAUUUACCUCAAGUGUACUUAGAUCAAGUUGCAAACUUCAUCAUCACGAAUGCCAAGUUGGAUUCGCUCCCCGCUUCAAGUAAUGGGUACUUCGACCCGUUCACGGGCUCGUCCCGCUACGUGCCGGGCUCGGAGGCGCUUGCGGCCGCGCCGCCCGCGCCCGCCGCCGACCCCCUCACGGGCGCCGCCGCCUACUCCACGCCCGCCGCCGCGCACCAGCAGCCCCCCCCCAUAUCCAACGAGAAACCGCUCAUACCGCACGACGCUUACAUCAGAUUCGAUCAAGCGAACCUAACUGCGAUCCACGACAAGCUAAAAGAAUUCAACAGUAAAGUGGGAGAUGGACUGAGCGCCCUGACAGAACAACAACUAGCUGAUAUUGUUAAAUUAGGUGAACUGAAUAGCACUUAUAAUCCAGAAACGAUAGCAUUAUUGAAGAAAACUUUAGAAUGGCCAAAAGAAAUCCUCUUCCCGGUAUUGGACGUGACGCGGCUAGCGGUUAGAAAUAAAGAAGUCAACGGUCAAAUAUUCGACACGACGUACGGACCGGACUUCGUCAAAUACUUAUUGACUUUGUUAGCUCCAGGCAAUAUCCCUGCGAAUCAAAUGCUAGCGAUGCGCGUUCUAGUGAACGCGUUCAGCGACCUGCCCGGCGAGAUGUUAGUACUGGCCACUCGUGAAUCCGUCGUGCACUGCAUCAUCUGUCUCACGCAGCUCAGCGCCAACGCGCAGAUAGCAGCGGCAUCCCUGUUAUUGAACUUGUCGGUGGCGCUGGCGCAGCAGAGCGACGCCGCCGACCUCGCCGAGUGCAUCCUCAACCUGCUUAGCAAGAUUACUGACAACGAAGCCUAUUUCAGAGGGUUAGUCGGUCUCGGAACGCUCCUCGCCGAAGCACCCAACCGUCUCGUGAUCCAGUCCAAGAUCGUGUCCAACACCGCCGUGCACAACCGCCUCAAGCGGGACAGCGGCGACGCCAACAAGGUCGCAGUGUGCUCCCGGCAGAUCCUUAGCCUUUUAUAAUAUUUACAUGCAUUAGUAAAUACUAUAACUAUAGGGUCGUUUGAAUCCGGUAAGAAACGUAACCGGUUUAAAAUGCACCUUUUAAUAACCGAUUUAUUCUGGUUCCACUUUUCCUUGAGAACGCGAACGUAUUAUUGUAAGAACCUUUGACGUUAUUCCUAAAUGCUUGUCAACUCUAACAAACCGUUGAUGAUCGUUGGUCCUCGUGAUCCAGACCAAGGUCGUGUCCAACACCGCCGUGCACAACCGCCUCAAGCGGGACAGCGGCGACGCCAACAAGGUCGCAGUGUGCUCCCGGCAGAUCCUUAGCCUUUUAUAACAUUUACAUGCAUUAGUAAAUACUAUAACUAUAAAUAUAGGGUCGUUUGAAUGGUAAGAAACGUAACCAGUAAAAUACACCUUUUAAUACCGAUUUAUUCUGGUUCCACUUUUCCUAUAUAACGCGAACGUAUUAAGAAGAACCUUUGACGUUGUCCAUAAAUGCGUGAUGAUCGUUUGUCCCUAUCCGUAAUUUUGACAUUUCUGUUUGUUAGAAAGAGACAAUUUAAAUAAGGUUUGUAAGAUGUUGCUAAGUUUUAUGAAUAAGUUGCUUUUUCUUUACCUAAAUUAACCGGUUCAUUUGAUAAACAGGGGUUACAGGAGGAUCGGACGGCGGGCGGGUAAAAUACGAGUUUACGGCCUGUUGUUGUUUAUAACGACUUACCUAAUCUGUUCUAAACCGGUUAAAACUAAAUAAAAACUAUAAAGAACAACUCUUCAAACCGGAUUAGUAAUAACGGAUCUUAAAAUUAACGAAACCGAAAUAUAAUAACGAAAAAAUAUGUGAAAUAUAAUUAUUAUAAUAACGUUUGUAAAUUUUCCGUACCCGAGCCAUGGAUUGGUAUUCUGAAUCAGACUGUAUUAAAUUAAUUACAUGACAUGCAGUUUUGUUCGGUUAUUUACUAGUAUGUGGUAAGUAACAUUUUAUUUAUCUGGAGUGCUAGGAUAAACGGUCCUCACAAUAAUGACAACGGAAGGAGUAAUAUGUAAUGUAAUAUUCUUUUUUUUAUGCUAACUUAUCUAUCUACUGCCAAACUGUGAUGAACUUUUAUGAAAUAAUAACAAUGUUGAGACUUUAAGCAAUUCUGAAAUGUCAUGUUCCGGUUUUUGUUAUCCUUUUUGCUGUAAAAUAUUCUCCAUAAGGCUGUUAAUGUUAGCGAGUGUUUUUCGCUUAAUUCUUACUAAUAGUCGACUUGCUUAUAACAAGUGAACACUUAUGGCGUUAUUGAUAAACGCAGUAUAAGUCUCAAUUGGCUAUUAACCUUUUCGACGCCGUGUCAAACACAAAAGCUGUCACUCGGAUCGGAUUUAGGUACAUCAUUUCACCAUAUAAUUCAUUGGUAUUCAUUAUGGUGGCGCCACUCCAGAGUAGCACACCACUCGGACGCCACGUCACCGAAGUGUCAAAACUGUAAUUGAACUUUAUGCAUAUGCACGUAGGUCUAUACAGGGUGAUUCAUGAGACGUGAGCAGGACUAAUCCUGCACACUCAGUAACUGAUAAUUGACCGAUCACCGUCGUAUUUAGGUGAAACAACCACAAUUUUUCCUAUUUUUUAACUUUUUGGUGAGGGCAAAUUUAUUUCUCUACAAUCAUGGUUACCCUACAAGACCCAAUUAAUAACCAUAAAAGCUCUUUAACCGUAAUGACAGCAUUUGAUUACGAAGAAAUACACUGUCAAACUUGAGUGAGAUACGAGUUUUCAAAAGUAACCAGACCGUGAUGACAGUGAUGACAUUCAAUUUGACACAGAAUAUCAGUAGUUUAGUAUUCUAAUUUUAGGGUGACCAUGCAUGUCGUAAAUAAAUUUAUUAUUUUUUUUUUCAACACGAGUAGAAAAUUAACGUUAAUCUCACUAAUACUGAUACGAAACAGUUGCUUAUAAUUUACAAAAGGCGCAGUCUUAGUCCUGCUCACGUCUCCUGAAUCACCCUGUAUAUGUUGCUCUGUGACCGAUUAAUCCGUCUUUGGCGUUGGACCUGCGGUGCGGAUAUAUCGGUCAUUGGCGUCCAAGUGGUUAAUGAAAUUUGUCCUAUACUGUCAUUUAGACUUAUGUAUUUGUAAGAAAGGGAUAAAACAAAUUAACUAAUUGAGACUUGUACAGUUGUAUGAAUAAGGUGGUUAAUAUCUAUGACUAAAUAUAUGUGGGUCACAAAAUGUUCACAUUUUAAAGCAAUAAUUUUCGUACAUGUACCGAUCACGUGCCCAGUUUUGAAAGAAACACAAACUUUAUAUAUAAACACUAUUUAAUGAUCUUAUUUAAUAUGUAAUAAAGUUAUAAUACAUAAUUUACAGUUGCUACGUAUCGAUAACAGCGGUGUUUAUGUUCAACAGCAAAGAUUAAAUAAUUUUAAUAUAAAAAUAAUUUUAUUUUACAACAUUCAGGUGUAAAGAUCGGUUUUCCUAGGAUAGCGGUGCCGUCAUAUAGCGGCCGUCUCCAUACAAAAUAAUACGGCUAGAUAUGGAUGUCGUAGUAUUUUGUAUGGACAUUGCCGCUAUAUGACGGCACCACUAUCCUAGGAAACCAGAGCAUAAGUACCUUCGUUAACCUUUUACCAGGCUAAGGGAUAUAAUUAUAUAUCCCACAUACGGCGCUUCAAACAUGUGUUCUAUUUUCGAGCUAUUGAUCGUUGACAUUCGAUUGUCGUUUUUUAACGCAUUCACUGCCAGGGGGCGUGGCCUAGGAAAAAACUUGUAUGACGGUGGACGCACAUGUGCGUCGGGGGCAGUGAAUGUGUUAACUGUCAGUCUGGUAAAAAGUUAACCUUUUAAGAUUACAUAUCAUUUGACAACUAAAACUCAUUAUCAUUAACACUAUUCGCAGUCACAUGUAGAUUAACCCUUUGACCGCCGUUGUCCGGUAUAGAAGACAACGAUAGAACGAUACGCUGGCGCCGUCGUCUUGUAUACAAGACACAAAUUCAACCACUGAGUUAAUGGGAAAAUAAUAACAAUUGCAAUUUCAUUUACACUCGUGUUCAUAUUUAAGGUCUUUGUUUUUUCAUUUAUUUGCUUUUUAAGCCGCUAUAUAAAUCCCUUCUUUUAUAAUAAGGCAUUUAAAAAAUUGCUCCAAUUUUCAACAUUUUUCAUGUUCCUCGUCGCCGUUGUCUUGUAUAAAAGACAGCUAGGGAUGGGAAUGUUAACUCGAUAUGGGAAUUUUUAAAGUAAAUAUAAAGUCAGAAAUAUGUUUUUAUCUAAAUAUUUGAACACUUGUUAAUCGCCAAUUUUUUUCAACGAGUAGUAGGUAUAACUACUUACGAGUACUAGAAUACGUAGAACGAGAGUCAGAUAGGCAUAACUAUAUUUAAAGUUCAGGCAGCUUCUUUAGUUCUAUAAACUAGAGUCAGACAAGUAAAUUUGCCCUUGUAGAUUGUGGACUAUUUAAUUGCAGAAGAGAUAAAUAAAAAAAAUAAUUGAUGUUCUUUUAUAGCUUAGUGGGAAGGGAUACACCGCAGCGACCGCUUCGCACAAGAGUGGUACAGGGACAUACCUGUUUAUCAGACUUUAGUUUUUUGUUAUAACAUUGAAGUUAAUGUGUAAUUUUUUUAUAACAAGUCGUUGAACGUUUUUUUGAUAAGAGUUUACCUAUAUUAAUGUAAACCAAACUGAAAUUUAAUUAUAGAUUCUAAUUCCGGAAUAA